AUGACGCCCGUGACCGAAUCCCGAGCGUUACUCGGUGGUAACGCGGAGACGACGUAUGCGAACGACCGGGAACUCGCGGAUCCGUUGUCGUCGACGGACGAUGAUCUCGAGCGUGGCUUACUGCGCGGCGCGAAGACGGGCGCACGGGUGAGCUUUAGAAGUCUCUUUCAGCUGGCGAAACAAGACGCGAGCACGCUCGCGCUGGGCGUCCUGAGCCUGUUCGUGCGCCUGCCGUUCAGUGUUUCCAUGCCGCACUGGAUGAGCGCCGCGAUCGGGGGGGCGAUGGACGGUGAUCGAGGGCGAUUUGAGUAUAACUGGUACGCGUUCCUCAUCGCCGGAGCGUGCAACGGGUUGCUCGAUUUUUGGAAUGUCUAUUUGUUCUCGAUCGCGCAGACGUCCAUCGUGCGACGAUUACGACGACGAGCGUUCUCGGCGACGCUGAAAAAGCGCAUGGCGUGGUUCGACGCGAGGACUUCGGGGGCGACGGCAAGCACGCUGAGCAACGAUUGCUCUCAAGUCGGUGCGAAUCUGUCAUGGUUGUUUCGGUCGUGCAUCGAGGCGGUGGUGCGAGUGGUGGGAGUGGGCGGAUAUUUAUUGUGGGUGAAGUUUGAGCUCGGAUUACUUGCGCUCACGGUGGUGCCGGUGACGGCUACGAUCAACUAUUUUUACGGCACCGUGAUGUCGGAGAACGCGAAGAGAGUUCAAGACACGCUCGGAAAGUCCAACGAGGUGGUGCAGGAGACGCUGUCAAACAUCAGAACCGUUCGUUCGUUCGCGCAGGAAAAAUCAGAGCGCGGAAGAUUCAAACAUGCCGUCGAUGCGUGGUAUGCGGAGUCGCUCAGGAGCGCGCAACUAUCGGGCGUGUAUUACACCAUCAACUACUCUCUGUUGACCGCUUGUUUCGUCCCGGCGACGAUCCUGUACGUCGGGAGUGGAUACGUGCUCCGAGGCGAGAUGCACGCUGAAGUACUCGUGGCAGCGAUGUUGUACAGCGCGAUCCUUCAGGAGUACUUUGGGAAUCUGUUGAGCUCGUUUACGAAUUUGUUCGCCGCACGAGGAGCCGCGGAGGAACUUUUUAAAAUUUUAGACGGUGGAAACGGCGAGGAAGAGGAUGACGCGCAGAUGGGCGAUAAGUUACUCGAGUCGAGCAUCAUGGGCGAGAUAGCCUUCGAGAACGUAUCGUUUGCGUAUCCGACACGGCCGAACAUUCGUGUUCUGUCGGGCGUCAGUUUCGUCGUCAAGCCGAGCGAAAUUGUGGGCAUCGUUGGACGAAGCGGCAGUGGGAAAUCGACACUGUUCUCUUUGUUGCAGCGAUUCUACGGAGACUACUCGGGAAAAAUUACACUCGAUGGAAACAACAUCGAGACGCUUAAGAAACGCUGGCUGAGAAGGAAAUGUUUUGCGCUGGUCGGGCAAGAGCCCGUCUUGUUCAAUGGCUCGAUUCUCUUCAACAUCGCGUACGCUUCAAGCGGUACGAUCGACCGCGAGCGCGCGAUGCAGUGCGCCAAAAUAGCACUCAUUCACGACGUGAUUGAGAAUGAGCUCGGUGGAUACGAGACGCCAGUCGGAGAGCGAGGCUGCCAACUGAGCGGAGGUCAAAAGCAAAGAGUCGCGAUCGCGAGAGCGCUUUACUCUGAGCCAAAGGUAUUGCUCUUGGACGAACCGACGAGCGCGCUCGACGCGGAGGCGGAAACCAUCGUAACCGCCGCUUUGCGAUCUGCCGCCAAAAAUCGAACGACGUUAGUGAUCUCACACGUCCCUGUAGACUCUUUCGUUGACCGAACGAUUGAGCUCUCUAGUCAUAGCAACCCAUAG